CUAACUCAUUCACAACUAGGUGUACUAAUGGAGGUGAUGGUUCUGUUAUUGCAUGAUUCUUAAUUUCAAAGCUUAUAUUAAAACUAAUAAGGUAUUGUUAUUCUUGAAUCACUGAAAUAAUAUACAUAAUUCUCGGUAAUUUGGUUAUGGAAACUGCUAGGCUAGAGCUCUAUAGAAUGACAAAGGUUCACAUACUGAUUAACUCCACUGUUUGAAGAAAUAUUCACUUUUAUGACUGACAGAUCCACGGAUAUUUCCAGAAAUCUGAAUCUAACGGAUUGAAUCCAAACACAACACCGCUCUUUCUUCAACUCGUCUGCAACAGUGAUUUCUGAGCACCAAAAAGGAAAUAACGUCAAUAUUCGCCAUACUAAUUUGAAAUAUUUUCCACAGAACAUAGCUUUCGACCAGUUUCACCAUCAUACACAGAUUCACCCUUCUCGAUGAAUCACAUUCCAAGACAAGAAAUUUUUUGUUAUCCAUUAACGGUGCAUCCGAAGCGUCAAGAUGUUUUUGCUGAAUAUAAAAGGAGUGCGCCCACAUCAAUGGGUGCCGAAAGACCUCCUUCUCCACCGAAGAGAAGAUCUUCCAGAAAUAACACCACCUUGAGAUUAAUAACUACCAUGAAGGUGGAGAAAGAAAAACUUCCCAUGUGCAAAAGACAUGAAAUAUGCUUCACAUCAGCGUCGGAUGUCGAUAAGAGUAAAGUGAAAUAUCUACGAGAUAAAAUAACUUGCAAACUUUCAUCCACAAAAGGGAAAAAAUCAGCGAAAGUUACUGUAAGCACGAAGAAACCAAGUACUUCCAGUAGUAAAACAACUGACACAACCACUUCGACAGUCGGAGGGGAAACAACAAAAACUAUGAAGAAAACAAAACCUGAACUUUGUUGCUCGAAGGAAAGUAAGCCCUGUAAAAUUUGUGCAAAUAGAAGUGAGGUGAAAAUACCAAAAAAACCAGCUGCUAAAUCAGUGGGAACAUUCGGAACUGAGAAAAGAAAAAUAUUGAUGAAUGUUCCUAAAUUUUUUGAAGAGAAAAAAAUUACCAAAUCGACGCCAAACCUUGCUGAAGACCUCAAGAGUACAUACUCUUCCCCAAAUCUUGGCAGGAAGUCCAGUGAGUUAAGUACACAAAUCAGUGCCAGUAAAGAAGGAAAGAAAAUACUCUCUAGGGCAAGAACACCAUCUCCUCUAUAUAGCCGGAGAUCUAUCGUUAAAUCCAAAUCAACACCCAAUGUGACACCUGUUAAGUUGAGUGCUCUCAAUUCGUCGUUAGAAUCUUUGAAGUCACCAACUCUGGUUCGAAAAGAAAAACUUUUAAGAAACAAUUCGAGUUCAAAGAAGAGAAUCGAGAACAUAUCUCAUUCGCCAAAUAGAGACCAUUUAAAGAAGUCGAAAAAAGAAGAGAUAAAUGGUAAAAUAGCUAAUAAGAAGACCACCAUCAAAAAGCCAGUUAAAAAAUCUUCCGAUAAAUCAUCAAAGAUAGAGCCUGAGAGUAAAAAAGCACCAAUGAAGAAAAAGGUGGAUCCAUCGUUGGAUGAAAUACGUCAACGUCAUAAAAUUGUUCAUUCGGACAGUUUUUUUCAACAUUUGUUCUUGAAGGAUAUAGAUACCCACCCAACAAAAACUCAAAGAAAACCAUGGUUGUAUGAACAAACGAUAGAAAAAUCUAAAGAAUAUCCAAAUAGGGAUCUUGUAGCUAGAGCCAUGAAAAUUUAUUUGAAUAAUACAAAACCGGUUAGUGAGUCCAAAUUCCGAAAUAUGGACCCACGUCCUAGGUCUGUAAGUCCAAAAUCCAUAUCUUUCGACAAAAAUAUCAACUCAAAUGAAUCACUUGAUAAAGUAGGACGAAGUAUUAGUUUGCCACCAAAACUAAUUUACUUCUCUCAAACUAGCAGACCAGUGUCUCCGAUUGUGGAGAGAAAGAAUUUGGAAAUAUAUCAACCUCCAGGCUCACCGACUGUAUCAAGAUCUCCUUCUAGGAGAAAAAUCGAUGCUCUCAAACAAACUCAACAGAACAAUGUAUUCAAACUUUCUAAGAGCCCUUCAGCUAUGGCUGCUUUUAAUACAGGUGGAAAAUCAGACAGUUCUGCAUUAAAUAACAGAAGAACUAAAGAUUUUUUGAAUGAAAUAACCUAUUUCACUAGAAGAAGUUCGAAAUUCAAAGAUUUGAACGAGUUCUAUACCACUCUGGAAAAACUUGGAGAACUUGAACGUAUAGCCACAUAUAACGAAUCCAAAAUAAGAAAAAAGAGUGAGGGAGAUAUUGUAGAUUUUGACAGGUGGCAAGAAGUACAUCAAAAAGAAAGAACCGAAAAGGAGAUGAACUAUCUCUGUGAAAAACUCAAGGAGAAGGAAAAUAAUGAAGGAUUUCUCUAUCGUCCUAAAGACAUCAAGAACUAUAGAUGGAAUCGAGAAUUAGACCGUGGAUUGAGAAGUAGGGAAAAAUCUAUCGAUAACAUAAAAGGUGAAUUAGAAAGAUUGAAAUUAUAUGAUAGUUCACACAUGGAAAAGUUUUUUGCGACUGGAGACACUUACAAACCUUUAUGGAGAGGAAGUUCUGUACUAAACCUUGCCAGUCAUAUGGUGGCCAAAAGGUCUAAAUCAGAGGGAAGGGUACCGGAAAGUUAUACGAAAUGUUCUUCUUCCGAUAAAUUACUUACUGAAGGUAUAGGCAGUAGGAUUUGGAGCAGCCUAUCGAUGGAUCAAGUGAAUAUUCUCAAGGAGCAGCUCAACGAAAUAUACAACCAUAAUCAUAGUUCGAAGAAACAGAAAGUAUCGCCAGAAUUCAGCGUUUACGUUCCUGUUGAAAAUGCCCCACCAAAAUAUCUAUCAGUUCGUAGAAACUCGGAUAUUUCCAAGUCGGUCACUAUUCAAAAAGAUUCAGGAUCCAAUGAGAAAUCAGUUCUGAGUGAAACUGAUAAAAAACGUAUGUCACAAUCGUUGAGUAAGGAGAUUUUAAACAGGGUCUCAAAGCCUUCAGUAUCAGAGAAAAAGAAAUCCAAAGAAUCCAUCGGAAAGAUAAAAACAAGUAAACCCAGAGAAAUCAAAGAAGAAAGGAAUGAUACUAUCGUAAUGAACAAGAAAAAAGAUCAUGAAAUGAUCAAGACUAAUGAAGGUGGAAAAGUUCAACAAACACCAACCGAACCAAAAAACAGUAGGGACAAACAUAGAUCCAGUGAGAGCGGAAGCACAGACGAAUCAACUAAUACAGUGAUAUUUAUGGGUAAUAAAAAAGAAGACGUCAAACAAAAGGUAACCUAUUUCGAAAAAGCUCUGGAUUCAGAAGAAUACAUUCCUACGAUUCACAAACCUGCUGAGUCCGAAUUCGAAGAGGAGAAAACCGAUUAUCCUGAACCAGGCAAAUUGGGAUCUUCCAGUUCUUGCCAGGAUCUGAAAGAACUUUUCGGAGAAAAAGAAAUCAUGAGAAUGACAACAUAUCCUUUAUCUUCCACUAGAAAAUCUCAAUAUACCUCUCCUGCGCUACAAUUGCGAACGACUACCAUGAGUCCAUGCAAGCUUUCUGUGUCAGAAACCACGAGUUGCGACAGCCUGUAUAGAAGUAGGAGUCUAUCUCCUUUCUUCGAUGAACCUCAGAGUUUGUGGAGAUCCGGUGAAGUGAAAAGACUUAAGGAUAAAUUCGAAUUCGUUCAUAACUUCUACAAUAAUAGAUCCUUCAAACUAAGACGUUGUUUCAGUGACUCAAACUUAUAUAAAAAAUCUUCUAUGUUCUUACCUGCUUUGGUUAACGUUGACGUCGACUAUUUAAGAAAGAAGUAUGAAUAUCCUGUUCAUGCUGGUAGAGGUAGAAGCAGAAUAAAAAGGGGAGGGGUGGUAUCGCCUUUAUUUCUUAGGGCAGAGGAUAGGUUCAUGCCCCACAUCAAUAUAAUCAGCAAGAUCGCAACACUCUGUUCAAAGAAAUACGAUAAACCGCAUUCGCCCACAAACGAAGAUCUGUCAGAAAUUCUCAGUCUGAAGAGUGGGGAUGUGGAAAAGUUGAAGGAGAAAUUCGAUAAAUCCGGAGAUAUUUCUAUCUUGGGAAAAAUGUUUACAUCUUCUCCGGAUAUAAAAGAACUCAAAGAUAUAGCACCAUUUCUAACUGCUUCGUGGACUGCCCAUAGAUUUCCACGUACCACAGAAAAUACUAUAUCUCUAUCAUCUCCGAAAGACGAAGUGGUUUCAGUGAACGCGUCUUCCGUUCGUAAACCAGCUGUCAAAUCUUCUUCUUCUACUGUCAAGUCUUCUAUUCUCAAGCCUCACCAGAGGACACGAUCAGUGGAACUGCCAUCAGAAUCAAAGACAAAAUCAAGGACUACUUCAAGUGUAUCAAGUUCAUCACAACCCGAGUUGAACGAAGUCAGGUACAGAUCGCAUUGGACAUCAGUUAAUACCAAACCUUCGGUUACGUUCAAAGGUGUUGUAUUGAUUAUGGGAUUGCACUAAAUAGCUUUAGCCAUUCACUUACAAAUUACGAUAGGUCAUUAACUCAUGAAAGUUGUUGAUUUAACAUCAGUCAAACUGAAGUAAUCAUCAUUUAGACUAUACCCAGUAAAGAUUUUUCUUAUAGCUGCAAAUUAUUCUUUUGUAAAUAUUUUGAAAUUGUUGAUUUUAUUCUACAUGAAAUAACACUUCGAGAUGAAAAAAAAGUCUUUCACAGUAGUUUUCGAAUUAUCAGUCUACUUGGUGAUUCUUCAUUAGCUUAGCAAAUUAACUCAAACAACGAUUAUGAUUCCACAUUUUGAAUUACUGUAUUUAUAACAGAACCAGAACCUCCAGUG